AUGGAGGGGUUCUGGUGUGUGCGGCUGGCCAUCAUCGAGUACAUGCCGCUGCUGGCCGGCCAGCUGGACCUGGAGCCCCCCCUGGUGCCAGGCCCGGCCCUGGCCCUGCUGCCCCCCCCGCGCUGCCCCCCACGACCCCCCGGGACCCCCGGGACCCCCCCCCGGGGGCUGGAGGGGCUCGGGGGUCCGGUGACCACGGUGGACGGGCGGCGCGAGGACGACAUCGCCGUGCGGGACCCCUCCCUCGGGGGGCGGCUGCUGCUGGGACCCCCCCCGGGGACCUCCGCCCCGGGGAACCCCCCCCCAAAGGGGCGCGGGGGGAGCCCCCAGAGCCCCCCGCCCUCCAUGGAGGAGCACCUGGCCAGCAUGCACGAGAGGCUGCGGCACGAGCUCCCCAAUUUCUUCCUGAAGAUCCCGGACUACGCCCUGUACGCCCCCGACGUGGAGUUCCAGUGCCAGCACCUGCACCUGCACACGCGGGGCCGGGCCAUGUACGCCGUGGCCGUGGCGCUGUGCCGGGCCCUGGCCUGGGGUUACUUUGCCAGCCUCAGGCUGGAGGUGCUGGCGCUGACGCGGCACCCCGAGGACUGGAGCGUGCGGGCACGGUGGCGCCUGACGGGGCUGCCCCUGCACCUGCUGCUGCUGCGCUGGUACAGGAGAGACAAACGGACCCUGCUCAGGUCCUACGACGCCUUCUCCACCUUCUUCCUCAACUCCCAGGGGCUCAUCCGCUGCCACCGCGUGGACAAGCUGAUGCCAGCCCCCACGGCCGUCCCCGAGCCCAAGAAGCUGCUGGUGGCCGCGGCGCUGGCGGUGGCGCUGGCCCGGCCCUGAAGCCACCAAGGAGGGGACACCCGAGCGCCCCUCCCCCCCUCGGUCACCUGUCCCCUCGGUCACCUGUCCCCUCCCCCUCCCCUUAAAUUAAUGUACAGAAUAAAGGAGCCGGCGGUGACAUGGGGACAGCGGCGUCCCCGAGCGCGGGGCUCUGCCCCGGGGCUGUAUUGGGGGGUCCCCAAGUGUCCCCAAGUGUCCCCAGGGUCAGCCCAGCUCCUCCCGUGAUU